GGCGCAUUUAUUGCAAAACAAAACGUUUGGUUUCGAAGUUUGGCUGAAAUUGUGAUUCAAUUCAUUGAUUAGUAAAUCGUUGUAUAGUUUAAGGCCUGAAGACAAUUGUCGUCAGUUAUGGACACUUACAGCAGUUCCGCCAAAACGCGAAUCACCGGUGCUUUGAUGCAGAACUACGUGCAAAAGGCGGCCACUCUUGUCGGCGAUGUCAUUAAGGUGGAAAAUGACGGCAAAAGAGCGACCAUUAAGACAACGGACGAGCAGUUCGUUCAGAUUGUGUUCACACAACCGCUGAUGACACCACUCACUAACUCAUGUCUGAUCGAAGUCUACGGCAUUGUCUUAAGUCGGACUCAAUUCCAAUGUCACGAUUACAUGCAAUUCCCUCCAGAAAUGAGUGACAAAUUUGAUCGCCAAACGUAUAACGAUUUCAUCGCUCAAUACAUUAAGACAUGCGAUGAACACAUCAAUUGUUUGGUUGAGUCCAACGAAGACCGUUCACUGAUCCAUCCGAUGGACAACUUCGUGAUCACUACUUCCAAUGCCAACGNGUUAUAUUCAAUUCGCACUAUUGCUUACUUCAGUCACAAAAUUGGUUGCUUGAGUGAGGAGAGCGUUCGCAUUAGGAUUUCUUAA